AUGCAACUUGAUCACAAUGAUGACACAUGGGGAGGGUUCCUAAUGGGACUCGAUAGCUUCAUCCUAGUAGACGAAGAAAUGCAUAGAAUGGUUGUUAGACAUCAGUUGCAGGCCAACAAUGUUAGGAGUCAAUACCAAUUAAAUAUUGAAGCACACUCUUAUGACCAGCUGUUGCAAGAUGCUGCGAUUAUAGUUGUUGAUAUUUGGUCACCACCAGGGAUAAACUUACCUUAUGUUCCAAAACCACAGGGGUUAGAGUUACCCCAUGUCCUAGACCCAGAAGAUGAAGCAUAUUUGGAACUUCUGGACUUUGAUGCUCUGUCUACUGAGUCUAUUGCUUAUGCUACUUCAAUGGUUUGUAACAACUUAUAA